GCUGUGAAGUCAGAGAGAGGGAGUGUGUGUGAGAGACACUCCCGCUGAGCAAAUUCAAACCACAGAGAAACAGAAGAUUUUCAUAGUUUCAAACAACUUUAUGCUGUUGGGUGUACAGCAGAGGUCUGUGAGGAUUCUUAACAGAGAGGAGGAGAGAAGAUUAAAGACACGCAGAGAGAGGAAAAGGAGGGUCAAGUGUCAGAAUACAAACUGUGCCAAAGGAAAUCUGCAGGAGGAGAAAACGAGGAGCUGACACUCAUCUCUGAACACAGCUCUGGACUAAGAUGGAAGUCUACACUGUAACAGUGGCAACUGGUACAUCCGAGUAUUCAGGCACCAACAACUACAUCUUUGUGACCCUGGUGGGGGAGAGAGGGGAGAGUGAGCGUACCCUGCUGGACAACCCUGGGCUGGACUUCUGUCGAGGAGCAGUGGAUCAGUACAAGGUGAACAGCCCUUCUCCUUUAGGCUCCCUGCUACUGGUCAGACUGGAGAAACAGAAAUACUGGGUGGAAGAUAACUGGUUCUGCCGCUAUGUCACUGUGGAACUUCCAGGUGGAGACAAAGUGCUGACUUUUCCAUGUUACCGCUGGCUUAUAGGAGACAUAAAGCUGGAAAUAAGAGAAGGAACAGCUAGGACACUGAGGGAUGACUCCUUACCUCUGCUGUUGGCACACAGACAGACAGAGCUGCAGGACAGACAGAAGACUUACAGAUGGGUGACGUGGGCUCCAGGGAUUCCCAGAUGCAUCGAUGCUAAAACAGAAGCAGAUUUACCCCAAGAUGUCCGCUUUGACAAUGAGAAGAGGAGUGACUUUGAACAUUCCCUACACUAUGCCUUGCUGGAGUUGUCACUGAAAAAGAUGGCCAUCAGGUUUGGGAAGUCCUGGAAUGACCUGGAUGAUUUUAAACGGAUCUUCUGGAAGCUGAGAAGUCCCAUUGCUGAGUACUGUAUGGAGCAUUGGAAAGAGGACUGGUUCUUUGGAUACCAGUGUCUGAAUGGCUCCAACCCAAGAAUGAUCCAGAGGUGCAAGACGCUGCCAGGAAACUUCCCUGUCACACCAGACAUGGUGCAGAGCUCCCUGCCUCCCAGGACCAACCUGAACAAAGAGCUAAAGGCAGGGAACAUCUUCUUGUUGGACUAUGCCAUCGUUGAUGGGAUUCCCACCAACACAAUCAGGGGAAAACCUCAGUACAUCGCUGCUCCCCUGUGUCUGCUUUACCAACAUCCAGACCAAGGACUCAUACCUAUUGCGAUACAGCUUGGACAGACUCCAGGCCUGGACACGCCCAUGUUCCUGCCCAGAGACCCACCCCUGGCCUGGGUAAUGGCUAAGUUGUGGGUACGUCACUCUGAGUUCCAGGUGUUCCAGGUGCUGUCUCACCUGCUCAGGACUCACCUGGUCAUAGAGGUGUUUUGUGUGGCGACUCUUAGACAGCUGCCUGCUGUACACCCUAUAUAUAAGCUCCUGGCUCCUCAUCUGCGCUACACCCUAGAGAUCAACUGUAGGGGGCGCACUCAGCUCAUCUCAGCUAACGGCAUCUUCAAACGGGUUGUGUCUACAGGCGGUGAUGGUCUGUUGAUUCUGGCUCAGAGGGAGUACAAGGAGCUGACCUACCGCUCCCUCCACCCCUGCCACGACUUCACUGACAGAGGAGUUUCCCACCUCCCAAACUAUUUUUACAAGGAACAUGGCCUGAUGCUGUGGGACGCCAUACACAGUUUUGUCUCAGAUAUGGUUGGAUUGUUCUACCAGUCAGACCAUGAUGUGCAGGAAGACCUGGAGCUCCAAGCCUGGAUCAGAGACAUAACACAAGAAGGCUUCACAGAGCUCCCCAACUUUGGUCUGUCCAGUAAGCUCAGCACCAGAGAGGAACUCAACACUCUGCUGGCCAUCGCCAUUUUCACCAGUACAGCCCAGCAUGCUGCUACUAACAACGGACAGUUUGACUGGUGUGCCUGGGUACCCAACACACCUUGCACUAUGAGACACCCCCCACCAACAGACAAGGAUUCCAUUACGAUGGAGAUGAUCAUGGCCACUCUUCCUGAUGUCAGCCAGUCCUGCGUGCAGAUGGCGAUCACAUGGCAUCUGGGACGUGCACAACCAGAUGCAAUUCCUUUAGGCCAAUACACAGAGGAGUACUUCACUGAAGGGCAGGCCCAGGAGGUGAUUGACAGGUUCAGAAAGGAGCUGAAGGAGAUCGAGGGCCACAUCCUGAGUCAGAAUGAAGGACUGGAGCUUCAGUACCUUUUCUUGCUGCCCAGCCGCAUAGAAAACAGCAUCACUAUAUAGAAAUACUAACAGACUGUCCAGUACAAGCUUCACUUUUUGUUUUGUUUGUACAUUAAAUUAUUUUUUGUUUUUCAGGAAAUGGCUCGUAAAUCUAUUUUAAUGGAGCGUCAUCAAAAUAUACUUCAUUGCAUGGACAGAUGAUCAUAUAUUACAUUUUUUGUUCUGUAUAAUUACAUCUGCAACUGGAUGAGUGAAACUUUCAGUUUUCUUUGUGAAAUUCCAGCUGACACAAUAUCCACACAUAAAGUUCCUAACAGGCAUGUCACUGGUGACCAGUUUAAUGCAUUGUGGAUAUGUGGACCUGCUUUGACAAUCCUGUCUUUAACAUUCCUCCUGCUGUAAAAAGUAACCAUUAGUUUUGUUAUUAACAUUUUCCAGUUGUGGAUCUCAUUGCAGAUUGUGCCAAAUCUCUCCAUCCUCUUCAGUUUGUUGUUUUCAUGUAGUCUCACAAAUCCUCUUCAGCCUUUUAAACUGACUGAGAGGUAAGAGUUUUUAAAGAAGGUGGAUGGAAACUGAUUGCAAUUUUAACAGCUUUGAUGUCAAGGUCAUUUUCUUUGAUUUUGAUUUAAUUAUUGUUCUUCUUACUUUCUUUUACCAUGUAUUAUAAUUUCAACAUUUUCCAGAGCUAUCAGGAGGGAGCCUGUCCACUUUGGGAUGGGUAAUGGGCAUGAAAUACUGUGGAAAAUUUUUCUGGUUUGGUGAAUUAAGGCUUCCUCUGCUAUGUCAUUCAUAUUAACACGGAUCAUAACCUCUAUUAGAGACUGUAAAGAGGACCUCAAAACUGCAUCUAUGAGUGAAUGUUUUAAAGAAAGAAAG